AUGAGAAUAACCCGGAGAAGGACAAAGCUGGGUGACCUGCCUUGGCCCAACAGCCCUGGAGCCUCAGCCAGAUUUCAGCCUUUUAGGACACAACUGACACCCGGGAUCCACGGUGCUCCAACCAGUCAACACUGCCAAGGUGUCCAGAGGAAACGGCUGGCAUCUGUAGCUACUACCCACUAUGUCUUGGCCAGCUGGAGAAACAGAGGCAACUUCACUAAAUCUCAUAGGGUCAUCCUCUCCAUAAUGCCCAGUGAUGAUCUGUCUUCCUCUCUGCUCCCCUCCUCCCUUCUUAGCCUUCUGUAUCAGGAAGCAGGUACACCCCAGGACAUGAGGAAGGAGGGUAGCAGCAUGUACACAGUUGCUGUCACCACUGGCCACACCUUGAUUUUCCCGAUAAGACCCCCAACCCCUUCCUCCAGGGGGCAGGAGCUGGCAGUUUUUGAAGGCCUUAGCCUGCUGUCGUCCUCUGCCUGGGAAAGCAAGAAAGCUAUCUGUCCAACAGGAACACGGAUAGUCAAAUUGUGCUAUAAUCCCCAAGCAGAGUAUUUCUCGGCAGCAUCAGAACCAAUGGCUGACACGCAGCUAAUCAGGACGAAAUCUCAAAACCAGACACCAAACAACCAAAUGGGUCACGAGGGGCUGAAAGGGCGAGAGUCAGAUGCCCCCAGGCUCAGUAGACUGCUGCUAGAGGUGGUGGAGGAGGAAAUCACACGGGACUCUCUGGAUGAACGCUACUGGACAUAUUCGGUUCUUCCUGACCUGUCUGACUCCUACUGGCCUUACAGGAGCACCGCCAUCUUCUUCCCUGAGGAACUGGAAGUCUCUUCUGCUCUGGAAAUGGCCAAAAAUCAGACCCAUCAAGAGGAGGAACAAGACCAAGACCUGACAUGCGCCAGGCUCGGCAGGGAGCUGCCGGAGAGUGCAGAGCAGGAUGUCCAACAGGACUCACUGGAUGAACGCUAUUUGACUUACUCAGCUCUUCCUGACCCAUCUGAUUCCCCCUGGACCCACAGCAGGCCCAACAUCAACUCAUAUGAGGAUCUGGAUGUCUGUCCUGCUCUGGAAGUAGCUAACAAUCAUAAUGAUCUUUGCGAUGAAGAAGACCAGGACCCGACAUGCCCCAGCAACACCAGGCUCUGCAGGGAGCUGCCAGUGGCCCCAGAGGAUGAAGUCCCACAGGACUCAGUGGGGGAAUGUAAUUUGACUCCUUCCUUUGGCCAUGACCUGUCAGACACCUAUAGGCCUUAUAGGAGUGCCUCAUUCACCUUUGAUAAACAGGAAGUCUUCUUGGGCGUGGAUGUAGAUGCCCCGAUGCAGGUGCCCGGUCCCCAAGGGCCAUCGAGUGGAAACUUGACUUUCCCAAGGACGGAGGUGCAAGCUUCACAAGCACCGCCACAGUCAGAUACCCAGGUGGCCAAUUCUGUGCCAGGGCAGCCGGACCAGCAGGUGGCUUGUGGUGACCACAGAGCCAGGCUCCGCCCCUCCCCCACCAUCAGGAGACUGGCAGCCACGAUGGUUUCUGGGAGCCAACGGCCGCUCUUCCAAGUUCCUCUUGUCCCCCCUCAUCUCCACGAGCACGUCCCCAGCUUCGUUGUCAUCAGGAUCCGCGUCAGCUCACAUUUCAUGAAGACCGAGCGUUUCAGCGUUCCCCUGGGUUGUGUCGUCUUUACCCUCCCACCCUUGGUGUCCCCUCCUGGAGCCUGA